CGGCCACGGCGCGUCGGCAGUGCAGCUAUACGUGGUAGCGUCGUCUGCUCACUGGGAAAGGGUGGAGGCAUUGCCAGCGUGGCAGACGUAUGCUUCCCACCAAAAGGGAGAUCUCAGACGGCGACGCUGCGACGAGGUCGCCGUGGACGUCGCGGGCAUGCCGGGGCCCUGGUCACCUCUCCGGGUGGCACUUGUACUGCUUGCAGCUGCAGCCAUCAUUGGAGGGGCCUUGCUGCAUGCCAAGCUGGUGUACCCAGCAGCAGACGUGCAGCCGGACAACGUUACUGGCGCCACCUGUACCCCACAGCUGAGUGUGUGUUUCCUGAAGACGCACAAGUGCGCCAGCUCCUCCAUACAGAACAUAAUGCUACGCUUUGGAGAUGGCCACGACCUGUCCUUCGUGCUGCCUCCAGCUAGCAACUACUUGGGUCACCCAGCGCCCUUUCACCGUUCCAUGGCUCCCACCUUGGCUAACACAUCCGGCUACUUCGACCUGCUCGUGCAUCACGCUCGCUUCAACGAGGCGGAGAUGAGGCACGUUCUCGCUCCCGGGGCAAAGUUCGUGACCAUAGUUAGAGAGCCGGCUGAACUCUUUGAGUCGCUCUACUCCUACUACGAUUUGGUGAAGCAGUUUCGGGUGCCUCACACACGUGCAGACAGACACACCGUUCUCCGGGCUUGGGCUCGUCAACGCCUGGCAGGCAAACAGCUUGACGCGGUUGCAGAUUCGCCUCCUUCAGCCGAUACCAGGAGAUGGUAUCGAACAAAGGUGUCUCUCGAACGUUUGACCAGCAGCAACGUUUCCAUGGCCUGGGUUCGUCAACGCCUGGCCCGCAAACCGCGUGACAAGCUCGGCCUCAACCAGAUGUCCUUCGACCUGGGACUCCAUCCUUCCCAGUUCAACGACCUCAAUGCCGUCCAGAACUUCAUUCGUCGCAUCGACUCUGCCUUCGACCUCGUCCUCGUCGCGGAGCGCAUCCGCGAAAGUCUCGUCCUCCUCAAAGAUCUUUUGUGCUGGACGACAGACGACGUCGUGACCUUCAGGCACAAUUCACGUGCAGCGCCUUUUCGUAACCUGCUCACCGCGCAAGGGAGGGCGCGCCUGCGCGAGCUGAACGCGGCAGACACCUUCUUGUACGACCACUUCGCCAAGCGACUCGACGAGCGCAUCCGCCAGUUCGGCCUGGAACGAAUGCAACGAGAAGUGAAACGUCUCGACGAGAGGACAAAGUUUUGGUACUCGAGAUGCGUGAGUGGCGUGCAGCCAGUCCGUCAUCUGAUCAAACAGAUUAAAGGUGUCUCGAAGCAGAACCGGAGGUACUGGACGAACGCGAAGGUCGUGGGUUUCCAGGCGAGGGACUCGAGAUCGACGGAGUGUCACAGGUAUCUGACGCUGGAGUUGGUGUUCACGGAUGAAAUCCGAAAAAGGCAGGAACAAGUGCUGCAGACAAAGAGGCCAGCGGUGGGAAGCAGGAAGAAUUCCAACGGAAGAUGA